UCUUAGUUUUCCUGCACUUGAAUAAAAAGCCAGAUUUCUGUGUUUCUCAUACAAUUUUGUUUCAUAUUCUUGGAAAAAAAAACCAAAUCACAAAAUCUAAUUGCCCCUUUCAGCCCUCAAUCUCCAAGAACAAUUUUUUUUUUUAAUUUUUAGAAUCCUUUUCUUCCAUUUUAGUUUUUAUGUAACCCUUUUUAUGGGUUUUUAUCAAGAUCUUCCCAAAAAAGCAAGAGAAAAAAAAUAAAAAUUUGAAGAAUUGACACCAUUGCUUUUUAUGAUUCUACCUUUUCCACUCACAAACUUGAUCAGGGUUUUGAUUCCUUUCCAAAUCUCUUCACUUUUCUUCAAGAAAGCAUCUUUGUUGUUGUUGCUAUUAAUAAUCUUGUUCCUAGCCUUCUUCUCCUUUGAUUUAAGUUCUUCAAAUCUUUGUAAAAAAAACCAGAAGGAACCCAAAUAUUUAAUACCCUCAAAGAGCACCAUGAGGAUCCAUCCGUUGCCGAAGAAAAGGAACAUCACCAUCCAAUACGAGAUGAACCCAAGGACCACAAGGUCUCAAGCUGAGACCUUGUUGACCGGCGGGUCCAACAAGAAGCUCCGGAGGUUACCCCACAUCUUCAGCCGCGUCCUCGAGCUGCCUUUUAGGUCGGAUGCAGACGUGGCGGUGGAGGAAAGCCCUGACUGUUUCAAGUUCGUGGCGGAGACGGAUGGGAGGAUCGGCGAUGUCGUGAGGGCUCAUACGGUUGAAAUCCAUCCUGGGGUUACUAAGAUUGUGAUUAGGUCGAACAGUUUGGUGGAUUUUGGUUUGCUGGAUGAUUUGGAGCUUGAUAUGUGGCGGUUCAGGCUGCCGGAGACGACACGGCCGGAGCUGGCGAGUGCUGUUUACGAGGAUGGGGAGCUAAUUGUGACGGUGCCCAAGGGAGGUGAAGUGGAGAAUUUGGAGGACGGUGGUGGUGGUGACGAGUUGAGAGGAGGCAUGGGAAAUGGUAAUAACAACAAUAAUAACAAUAAUAGGCUUGUUCUUGUACAGUAAGUAAUAAAUAUGGAACAUUUAGCUCUGUUUCCUUAAUUGCAUGUUAUUUUCAUUUUAGUUCUUGAAGGUCACUGGUGGAGCUUAGCCCUUCUUUUUUUUUGUAUGAUUACUACCUUUUAUUACUUAAUCAAAUCAAGAAUUGUUCUUCUCUGAA